GCCGCGUGACCCGGAAGUCCUCCCUGAGGCCCCGCCUCCGCCCGCGAGAUCGCCGUCUGGGGCCGAGCCACUUCCUUUCUCUGCUCGCGCUCGGCGUGGAGGCAGCAGGCCGAGCCUCAGGAUGCAGAACGACGCCGGCGAGUUCGUGGACUUGUACGUGCCGCGGAAAUGCUCCGCCAGCAACCGCAUCAUUGGGGCCAAGGACCACGCGUCCAUCCAGAUGAACGUGGCCGAGGUUGAUAAGGUCACAGGCAGGUUUAACGGCCAGUUUAAAACCUACGCUAUCUGCGGGGCCAUUAGGAGGAUGGGUGAAUCAGAUGACUCCAUUCUACGAUUGGCCAAGGCUGAUGGCAUCGUCUCAAAGAACUUUUGAGUGGAGAGAGUUGUGGAGGUGGCACAUCUGUCACAAAUAAAUAGAGCGUACCUGUGUUGGA